AUGGCUCAGAUUGCUCUGCCACGCCAUCAGCCCACACACUCGCAGUCGGCCGCUGUAGGCUCCCCGCUCUACCAACGUCGCCAGCAGUCCAACGCCGCCAUGGUCGAGAUGGUCCCCAAUCCAGACUUCUCCUUCCCCAUGCGAGCACCAGAAAAAGACGACGCCUCGCCGACCAAGCCUCGCCCAAAGUCAAUGCAGUAUCCAGCCGCCCGCCGCGGCUCCAUGCCGCAUGCCAGGCAGAAGUCGGUCAACGCCCUGCCUGCCUUCUCCUUCAACCCCGCAGGCAAUGCACCACCGCCCGCAGAGACGUCUCCCCAGACAUCGCCGCUCCUCCCGCCGACGACGCCUGCGAAGCCUGUCCACGGCCACCGACGAGGUGGGAGUGAGCUCAUUGGAGGCUCUGCUCGCACGGGCGCCACGUUGCUGAGCAGCAGCCCCACAAAGGAUGGUUCUCUCUCACCACCCACAACGACACUACAGCCAGGCCCGCCCACUGGCCGCCGUGGUCACGCCCAUCGCCGCUCCACCGCCAUCUCGUCGCACGACCUGUCGGCCAUUAUGAGCCCUCCGGCACCAACUCGUACAGGCAGCGCACCCAGCACCCCUGCCGACGACCUCAACGAGUUCAAGUUCGGCCAUUCGAUGAACAAGUCCAUGUCACAGCCCUGUCUGCGAAACAGCAGCUCCGACGACGAGUCGACACCACGCCCUCCCUCCAGGGCUCGUGUUGGCUUCUCCGACAGAGUAGAAUACAUCCGACCUCUCUCCACAAUCUCCUCGGAAACGGAAGCAUCGACACUCCGUGGACACUCGACUGCAAACAGUCUGUCGUCCAUUGUUGGCGGGAGCACCGUGAGCCCACCGUUUACACGCUCGGGUACACCAACAUUGAGCACAGUAGAGGAUGAGAGCCGACCUGGCACAGCCGGUGCUAUCUUGGACAAGAUCCUGAGCAAUCCUUUGAUCGACGACGUGCCUGACCGCAAACGACCCAUGUCUGCCGUUUCCUCCUCCUUACGUUCCCACUCCGCUGGAUCGAGCCCUACCUCGCCUGACAUGCCGACAAAGAAGCGAGGCUUCUUUCGCUUGGAGUCCAGAAACGGCGACAAGUCCACGCACCGCAGGCUGCCGACCAGUAUCUCCGACCCUGCCCUCACAACAACCUUCAACUCAUCUCCCCUGGGAUCACCCAUGGACGCUGAACCCGCUGAAGAUACAAAGUCAAAAUCGAAAAAGUCCAGCCAUAGGCCGCGGAAAGUCAAGUCCUGGGCAAACUCCAUCAUACCAAGGAAGGGGAAACACAGCAAGAAGUUGAAGCGAAGCGCACCUACACUGGAACAGCCCAACGCAGUGGUCGAAGACGAAGACACGGACUCUUCAGAAGAGCUAGAUUUCGAUUUCAGCCCAAACUUUGACGACGACACCUCAGUCACCAUUGUCUCGCCAACGGUGGACACAGCGCCAGGACCCAAAACCAACACUGACUUUGCGUCGUGGCAACCUCGACAGCUGAAACGGGUAGACUCGGAUGUCAUGAGCCCCAUUAUUGACAUGGAUGCAGCACUCGGCCCGUUCAAUACCCCUAACGGCGCGAACUCGAAGAACCAGCAGCGAGGGUUUUCGGCUCAUCGGAGGGCCAUGCACAGUGCGAGCGGCUUUACUCCGAAUCACCGCAGGACCGAAAGUGCCCCUGAAUUGGUCCCCUUCGAGUUCAGACCUUCCGUUGCCACCAGCACCUCGCCAAUGGCCGACGUAUUUGAAGAGGAAGAGCCUGAAGAGGAGAAGCCAGAGUCGAAGUUGGGAUCAAACCCCGCAUCCAUCGCCGAAGCGCCUGAGCAGGCUGACGAGCCAAAGAUCGAGGUUGUCGAAACGGAUAGCAGACAAGACGGACCGGCAAUCAACUGGAAUUUCAACGAUGGUCUUGGCUUGAAGCGUGCUGAGCCCAGACACUCCCCUAUCCCGGAAGAGCCUCUUUCUCCACAUGCUCUACCUCCGUUCAUUCCCAGCGCAAGCUGUUCUCAGGUCGAGGUUGUCGAAGACUACGAAGAACCUCGUACUUCUUCGCUCACGCAUUCUUCCGACUCUACAGUUACACCACGGUCGACGCUAGAUGAGCUCAAGGAUCACCACUCAACUAUGGCUGUCCCAACUCCGCUCGCGCAGCAAAGUCUCAUGACACCCAAUACUGUCACCUCGUCCUUUGGUUCACCGGAUUACCGAUCCAGUCAGGUUUCUUUCGACACUCCUCGCGUAGGCACUGCGGCUUCAUCCGUGACCGACUACCCAGCAAUGCCUUCACCACGUUUCGGAGAGCCUGGACCUGAGAUGCGCAUCUCAUCGGACGAUGUGCCAUCAUUGACUUCUUCGAGAUCGACAAUGACCAGCAACCUGCAGGGCACCUUCCCUCUUCCCGCUCCCCGCAGGCUUGGCGAUCGCUCCGCGUCGCUCUGCUCAGCUUCCAGUGAGGUUGAAUCCCGCCGUCGCAAGCGAUCUAGCAUCGCAAGUCUCUCCCGUUUGAUCAAUGGGUCAUAUGGCAGCGAGAGGAGUAAGCUCUCGAUUGAACAGCGCCCUCAGUCUGCCUACCUUGAACCCGUCGCCAAAGAUCCCAAAAAGAAGACUAGACGCUUGAGCAAGCUGAAAUUCUGGAAGUCAUCGAGAGACUCAGCUUCCUCCUCUUCGCACGCUCAAUAA